CUCGUCGGCGAUGGAACGUUGGGCAAAUAAAGUCGCGUUGGUUACCGGCGCGAGCAGCGGGAUCGGCAUGCGAAUUGCACAAAUACUCACGAAACACAAUAUGAAAGUGAUCGCCAUUGCGCGACGAAUAGAAAAGCUGCGAGAACUAGCCACGGAAGUUCAGCAAAAAUAUAACGCGAAAUUAUAUCCGAUACAGUGCGACGUUGAAAAAGAAGAAAAUAUUCUCGAGGUGUUCAAAUGGGCGGAAGAACACAUGGGUGGUGUUGACGUUUUGAUUAACAAUGCCGGUGUUCUUUCAUCCGAGUCACUUUUAGAGGAAUGCACGGACACUUUGCAAAGAAUUUUGAACGUAAACGUGCUUGCGCUGGCAAUUUGUUCGCGCGAAUUUAUUCAGUCCGUCAAAAAACGGAAAGCAUCGGGUCAGAUCAUUAAUAUUGGCAGUAUAUCCGGACACGUUGCAGAAUUGAUGCCAAUAAGCUUGAGUAUAUAUCCUGCCAGUAAAUGUGCAGUAAAAGGUAUGGCAGCGUCUUUACGCUGCGAUUUGGCAAGAGAAAAGUUAGACGUAAAAGUCACGAACAUUAGUCCCGGACCGGUAAAAACGGACAUGAUAACAGACAUCUCCGCUCUUACAUUGUAUCCUACAUUGGAAGAUAAGGACAUCGCGGACACGGUCAUCUUUAUUCUGAACAUGCCGCCUCACGUACAGAUAUGGGAUAUAAUAAUGUUUCCGUUCCACAACACUGACAGAAAAGAGAAAUGCUGAAACCCGUUUACCUUGAUCCUCUCGAUAUAGAAUAGCGUAAUAAAAAAAAUAAUUCGCGCUAACCAGAAGCAAAAUCAAACACGCAAACGAGAAUUUUUAAAUAAGCAUAAAUAAGGUAGCUCGUAAGAAACUUGUUAUUUUGAGCGCGUAUUCUACAAUUUAAAAUAAACUUCUCAUUUUUAAUCUCAUAUUACACACGCAUCAUAGAUAAAAAUACUCUUCUUUUUUUAAGCGCACAUAUACGCUAGCAUUCAAAAUAUUAAAUUAAAAUAUUAUAAAUACAACUUGCAGUUCACUGCAAACCAAAUAACAAAAUAUAUUUCUUUUUU